UGUUCGGAUGUAAAAAAAAAACAAGAAUUUCUCGCCUUCGUGUAUCCUUCUCGUCGACAACACUGUGGCGGUUCGCGGUCCGCGCGUUCCUCCGUUUCUUGGUCCAACUCCCACGAUCAAUCUGCAACACUUCCUUCAAAUGAACAUUAAAAACACAUCGAUCGAUUCAAACUAUUCAGAGUAGAACGACACUGUGCAUUCUCGUUCGACUCCAAUUAUCUAUAUGUGGUGACAAUCUAUACUGCACUGUAAAAUGAUCUUUCCGACUUCUUGAAAUUUGUUUAUUUCAUUGGCAUUUGAAUUUUGUUUGUACCCGAUUGACCAAUCAAGUACGCAUUUUUUGAUAUGGAUGAAGUUUAGCGCGUAAUCAUAUUAAUCACCGGUAUGGUAAAGAAUAUAAUUGCAAAUUUAAUAAUUUGUAUUUUUUGAUUUUAUAAAGAAAGUCUCGAUGAAACUUUUAGAAGAAUAUCAAGAACUUAUUGAACGUGAUUCGGUUGAAAUUUCUUGUUUAUGGAAAUAUUUACAAAUGUUUUUGUACUUACUGUGCGCGAUUAGCGGAUAUGCAUCUAGCGUUUUGUUCUACACAUUAUGGGUAUAAUUAAUAGUUUUUAUUAGUAUUUGUAGAGAGAAAUAAAUUAAAAUAUUAUAUUACAUGAAAUAUAAAGGAACAAAUUUUCGGAGGUAAUUGCCCAUUGUGGGCAAAAGCUAUUCUGUUGAAAGAAGAUAUAGAAUUAGAUGAUAUUCAUGGUGUAUGUAAAAUUAAUUCAGACUGGUGGAAGUAUAUUUAUAUUGAUUAUCAGUAUGAAAAUAUAUGCGUUGUGUAUUUAAUAACAAGCUUCUCAUCUUGUAUAUUUGGAAUCGUUUGGUUUACUCUAUUCCUUAUGUGUGGGAAAGGAGGAUAUGAUGUAACAAUAUAUCCAGGUCCAUGGAGAAUUGUAUUUCCUGCAAUAUACUUUAAUCUUGUAUUUACAAUUAUAUCCAUAUAUACACAUUAUAAUUUACAACAAGGAUAUAAAACAUUAAGCAAAAAUAUAAAAAAUAUCUCUUCUGAAAUAUAUGAUAUGUGCCAAAUAGUUGUGGAUGUAAGUGAUUGUGAAAUCAUAAGGAUAUACAUGAAUAUAUAUAACUUUUACACACAUAAUCUUGAUUAUAUGUGUAAUAUAAUCUUAUAUCUUCAGGUCCCUUCAGUUGUAAUGAUGUGCAGUUGGAUAGGAGGGCUGGUAAUAUUAAUUUCCAGAAUAAUUAUGAUCAAUGACUUUAGAAUUUUAAGGAUUAAAAUCUAUGAAUUAAAGGAAGAAUAACUCUCAAUGUUUAUUAUACAUAUAAAAAAAAGUUUAUUCUCUGUGCAAACUUUACAUUUUUCUGUAAAUUUAUACUAUGUAAAACAGUAAAACAGUAAAAAUAAAUGUAAUUAUUUAAUGGUUAUACAA